AGUGACUUCCUCCUGUGACCUCUUUGACGAGCAGUCAUCUGCGCAUAGGAAUGACAAGCAUCUUAAUACUAAGUUGUGGCGGUAACGAUGGUUCUCCUAGUCCUGAAAGUUUGUAAUAAGUUUUCGGAGUCGUUUACCGCAGUGUGGAAGAGGUGAAAUGAGCCUUCAAACGGACCGACCGAGAGGACUUCACCGCCGAAGUUGUUUUGGGACCGCAUGAUUGUUGGUUUGGUGGUGGUCCAUUGAAAGAAAGAAAUGGGCCAGACGUCCGUCUCCACCUUGUCUCAAAACGCCAGUGUUGAUGGACUGGAAAAAGCUUCCCUGGCGAACUGUGAUGUGGUGGUGGGGGGCACUCCGACUCCCCAGCUGAAGCAGAAAGGCAAGCUCUCCACCCUGGGCAAAAUCUUCAAGCCCUGGAAGUGGCGCAAGAAGAGGACCAGCGAAAAGUUCCAGGAUCUCUCCAAAGUGUUGGAGAGGAAAAUCUCCACAAGACAAAGCCGGGAAGAGCUGAUAAGACGUGGCGUCCUCAUUCCCGAUCAAGAUGAUGCAGUGGCAUCUGAGACUCUUAAUGGCCAUGCCAUGCCAAGUGUGACCAUAGAGGAGGUUAAAGUCGACGUUGAAGCAUCAGAGACACCCAGGGACGAAAAAGCUGAGCCCGAGGCCAAUGGUAAUGAGAGAACAGCCAAGUCAGCGAAUCAGAAGAAGACGGGGGCUACAUCCAAGGGCAGCUCUCAGCCGUCUCAUUCAUCUACGUUAACUGCCAAGGCAAAGACUGCUAAGGAGAAAGGAGCGGAACAAUCCGGAACAGCUGAGAGUAAGUCUGGCAAGAAGAGAGACCCCUCCCGAUCGCCCAGAGCGCCCAAGGCCUCGAUUGAAACGGAGAGCUCAGCCUCUGAGGACUCUGGGAAUGGAAAACAUGGCCAAAAGCAGGUGUCCUCCAGUGCAGAGGAAGGACCUCGGCAGGACAAUACAACGGAGGCGGGAGGGGACAAGAAGGGGGAGACGGUGACAACAACAGAUGAACUUGAACAGAAGAUGGUUGGCCUUGUCACAGAGGAAACAUCUUUCUGCGAACCCCAGAACGAGACUUUCUCUGACUGCCAGGAGAAACCAGUGAGCACAAAACAAAAUGGCUUCCCUGAGAAUACCACCAACCACACACCAGAAAAUAAACAAAGUUGUGAGGAGGGUGAGAGACCACAGACGGUGAACGUGGACAACCCUGAGGUGACAAUCAUCCCCAGAGACGACAACCACAGAGAUAGCCAAUCUACAGACUCGGAUGACUCGGAUGGGCCCAUUCUCUACAAAGACGAUGAAGAGGAGGAAGACGACGAAGAAGAUGAAUACACUUCUAAUUCCCUGGCCUGUAAAAUCAAGAGGCGGGACACGCUGGCCAUCAAGCUGGGCAACAGGCCCAGCAAGAGGGAGCUGGAGGAGAAGAACAUCCUGCCCCGAUCCUCUGAGACCGACCGACACGAGCUGCGAAAGCAGAUCGGCAGCAAGCUGGUCAGACGCCUGAGCCAGAGACCCACCACGGAGGAGCUGGAACAGAGGAACAUCCUCAAACAGAAGAAUGAAGUGGAGGAGCAGGAGGCCAAGCAGGAGAUUAAAAGAAGACUCACGAGGAAGCUGAGCGUGAGGCCCACGGUGGCGGAGUUGGUCGCGCGGCAGAUCCUGCGCUUCAACGAGUACGUGGAGGUGACGGACGCCAAGGACUACGACCGCCGCGCCGACAAGCCCUGGACCAGGCUGACCCCAGCCGACAAAGCUGCUAUCCGUAAGGAACUGAAUGAGUUCAAAAGCAAGGAAAUGGAGGUGCACGAAGAUAGCAAGCAGUUUACCAGGUUCCAUCGACCGUGAGAUUGAGCUUGUUGGCAGGGGUCGAGAGGCUGAUGGUGGCUUCCCUCGUCUCGGUCAGCCGUCUCUAAUACCCACCCACACCCCACCCACCCACCCACCCACCCCCUGCCGCUGAGGAACUGACCGCCCGGAGCUCAGGCUGGCCUCUUCUCCUCCGGCACGAAUGCCCAUUUCCCACGGACCUGCCCGCUUCUCCUGUAGGCCAGCGGCAAGGGAGAAGGACCCAUGUCUGAAGGGAGCCCUCUGAGUGGAAGCGGAAAGAUACCCAAACGAGUCUGGACUCAUUGCAGCCAUUUGGAGGGUGGGGCAUGGGUGUCCUGGCCACUUUAGAGAUGGGCCUGCUCAAAACGAAGGAAGCAUUGUGCACUUUUCUGUCUGUCUGUUUGUUUGUUUGUUUGUUUGUUUGUUUGUGUUCUUCUUAAGGUGGCCCAGUUUUGUUUCACCAUAAUUCCUGAAAUAUGUGAUGGUGUUGGCCAGCCAGAAGGGAUACAUUCAACACACACACACACACACACACACACACACACACACACACACACACACAUACACUUGCACACUCGCACACUCGCACACUCAUACACUCACGCUCACACAUUCACACAGAGACACAGAUGCAUACUGCCAGAAUCCUCACUCUCAACAGUGCAUUGUAUAAUAAACUGCUGAGAGGGGAAAUAUCAGGGGACUUUUUUUUUAAUUUGAUUUUAUUUUUUAUUGUAUAUUUGUCCAUUAUUCCAUUAUAAGUAUCUGCAGUAUUAUUGCUCUGUAUGGAAGAAUAUCCUCAGAUAUUAGUGCAUGUGAAAAAGGCUUUUUAACACUGUAUGUUAUUCCCAGCUUCCCUCAUUUAGACAAAGCUGGACUGAAGAUGAAGGCAUUUUUAAGAAAACCCUCUUUUAAAAACUGUCAGCGUUUCCUUCAAUGUAAUUGGCUAUAAUGUGUUUAUCUUUCGCGUUCUGCCUUAACUCUGAGGCUCGAUCGAUGUACUAGCUGGAGCUUUGAAUGUGUGUUUGUGCCACGGCUGUAAUGGAACAUAUCUAGUGUGUAGGGGAAGGGGUCGAGACGGAGAGUGUGUGUGUCCAGUCUAGACAUCUCUCUCCUUCCCAGAUGCGGAGGGGAAGGUGGGUGCAGCUGGCAUUUGAUGAGGUGUGCCCGUAUUGAGUGCCUCCUAAAUUAACACCCCUGUGUAUCCCAAUGAGUCGUUUCAAAAUGUCAGACCCCGGUGAUCUCUUCAACGAUUCCUUUGCUGUUUUCUGCUCAACGACAAUGCUUGACUUUCAACCUGUAGAAAAGCUUUAUUGCCACCACUACUACAACGAAUGGGGGUAUUUGUUGAUUUUACUCUAUUGAAAAGUGGCUUAAAAACCUUAAUACUUGUGUCAGUCUUUUGAAAGUAUUAUUUUUGAUGCAGAUAAGUGAUUGAAGAAGAGAGGAUUUUAAAUUAUUGUAAUUUUCUUUUUUUUGUACAGAAUGUAAGUAUGAAACAUGUCAAUACACCAACCUUGCUGGCA